UGGGUCUGACUCCUAUUCCUCAUCUGUGCUUGGAGAUUUUACAGAAACCUUUGACAGCAUUUUAAACUAUAUUUUUAAGCAGCAUCUACAGUUAUGGCACCAAUUCUUCUGAACUGCCUGGGAAAUGAUCCCAUCAAACAACAGGUUCAGGUGAAGAACCCAUACUUGGAUACAAUGGAGGAGGACAUUCUUUACCACUUCAGCCUGAGCACCAAGACUCACAACCUUCCGGAAAUGUUUGGAGAAAUUAAGUUUGUUUGUGUCGGUGGGAGUGCAAACCGAAUGAAGGCUUUCGCCCAGUUUAUCCACCAGGAGCUGGAACUACCCGGAAGCGCAGAACAAAUCAGCGAUAUCUGUGAGGGAACCGAUCGCUACUGCAUGUACAAAGUGGGACCGGUGCUGUCCAUAAGUCAUGGCAUGGGAGUCCCCUCCAUCUCCAUCAUGAUGCACGAGCUCAUCAAGCUGCUGCAUCAUGCCCAAUGCAAAGAUGUGGUCUUGUUUCGCCUGGGAACAUCUGGCGGAGUCGGUCUGACUCCUGGGACAGUGGUGGUUACAGACAGAGCGGUGGAUUAUGCUUUCCGCCCACAUUUUGAACAAGUGGUUCUGGGAAAAGUUAUAACCAGGAGCACGGAGCUGGACGAGGGGGUGGCUGCUGAGCUGCUUCAGUGCUCCGCCGAGCUUCAAAACUUUCCAACUGUUAUUGGAAACACUAUGUGCACCCAUGACUUCUAUGAAGGUCAAGGCCGACUUGAUGGAGCCCUCUGCUCCUUCUCUCCUGAGGACAAACUGGAGUAUCUGAGGAAAGCUUACGAGGCUGGAGUGAGGAACAUUGAAAUGGAGUCCACCGUCUUUGCCGCCAUGUCUCGCGUCUGUGGCGUUAAAGCGGCUGUUGUCUGUGUCACAUUGCUGAACCGUUUUGAGGGAGAUCAGAUCACCUCCGCUCAUGACGUUCUGGUGGAGUACCAGCAGAGACCUCAAGUUCUGGUGUCUCACUUCAUCAAGAAGCGCCUAGGGCUCGUUGUCUGAACCCCCGGUCGCCAUAACAGAUUGUACAUAGCUUUGCAUAAUAUGUAAAUAUGUAUAUAUGCAGCCAAGAUGUGGCACAUUAACGGAGCAUCUAUGGAAAUCUACGAAACUUGAAGUUCACAGUCUCUCUGAAGGACUGUUUAACUGUACUAAAUGAUAUAACAAAAGGGUACCAGGGCUGCAUAUUUAGCUAAUUUCAUAUCCUGCUGUACGUGAAAUCCAAAAGUUCUGUUUUAUACAAAAAGAGAAAGUAAAAUAUGCCCUAUUAAGCCCAAGACCUUCAGCUCCCCUCUGUGUUGGGGAAUUCUUCUUCCCUGCAAGGCUGGAAUCCUUCUCUGCAGUUACACUGGAUAGCAUUAGUGCUCCAAUAUCCAAAAUGAACACUAAAUCAAGUGCUAUACCUCAUCCUUCUUUGAUUUUUAAAAUUUUUAAGUGAAUCAGUUCGGUUGAUCUGAUGAACGUGCCCCUUAUGACUGGUUCUGUUCCUGUCCCUUUAAAAAUGCCAUUGUUUUAGAAAUCCAGCCUGGAUCCAUCUAGUCCUGAAAGAAACAGGUCAAUGUCUAUCCCUUUUUCUUAUCAAAGAUUUUCAAAAACGUUACUGAGAAACUAGUGUCUUUGAUAACUGUAAACUGCAAACUAAAUGUAAAUUUCAUUGGGUCUGACUGGCCAGACUGGAUCUCCUCCUACAUCACUGACAAGAGGUUGUCUGUGUCCAUCAGGCACUUUGUUAUCAGAAAAGGGACAAAUAUUUACUUUGUAUAUGCUGCCUUUUGGACAUUUCUUUCAUUUCAUUGGAGGUGAAAAAGUGACACCAAGUUCUAGUUAGCUUCUUACAGUUAAAUUCAGGGAAAACCAAAACUAUUAUUUUCGCUCCUGACAGCUCCAUCUAUUGAUUUAACACAGGCCUGAGUCUGUUGGCUCCUUUGCAAAAUCCAUUUUGUGUAACCUCAUUCUGGACAGUUCUCUGUCCUCAGACGCUCGCGUUCACCAGCUGGCUUCUUCCAUCUAAGAAAUAUUGCAAAGUUAAGACAUUUCUGAGGCAAAAAAGGAAUUGAUUAUUCAUGCUUUUAUUACUUCGCAGCUGGAUUACUGCAAUUUUCUUUCUACCUGUCUGAAUAAAACAUCCCGAACCAGCUGCAGUCUGUUUAAAAUGCAGCUGCAUGCCUUUUGUCCAGCUCCAGGAAGGAAGACCACAUUACUCUGAUUUUGCUUCACCGGCUUCCAGUCAGAUGUAGGAUCAUUUUUUUAAAAUAUGUUUCAACUUUUAAAGCUCAGAAAGGCAAGGCACCCCAGUAUAUCUCCGAGCUCUUCCAGGUGUAGUCCUGCAGCGGGUCUCUUCACGUCUUCUGAGCAGAGGUGGCUGGGGAUCCUUGGUCAUCAGGUUUCAGCACCUCGACUCAGCAAACUCUUUGCUAUUGUGUUAUCCUUAAGAGGACCUUUUAAAGACUAGUUAAAACAUUUUUAUUCAAGCAGACUUUUCAGGUGAUGCUUUAUAUUCUUUUAAAUGUUGCAGUUCUUAUCCUUUUUGUUUAUUUGUAAUGGUCUAUUGCUUUUAUUUCACUAUUUUUACCUUACUGUAAAGCAUACCGUGACUGCCAUCUGUGAAAGGUGCCCUCUAAACAAACAUUACUUACUUUCCAGAUUGACAGUUGAAUUAGACACCCUUUUAUGAGUUAUAUGUUAAGAUUUUUAAGAUUAAACUAUUAUAU